AUGGUGGAGUUCAAACCCUUCACAGCUUACAUCGUUGAUGCUUGCAGGACAGCUGGUGGCAAAAAGAAUGGCAAGCUUUCAGGCUACCAUCCCGGUGAGCUGGGUGCUGCCGUUUGCGAUGCUUUGCUGGAGCGCCAGAAGCUGCCGGGUGCGGAGGUGGAGGAUGUGAUCUUCGGAUGCGUGGGGCAAGUGGGUGCACAAGCUGCGAACGUCGGCCGCACCGUGGUUCUCUCCUCGCGGCUGUUGCCCGAAAGCGUGCCUGGCACCUCAGUGGACCGGCAAUGUGGCUCCUCGCAGCAGGCAGACGGUUGGGGCGAACGCAGUGAGAAGCACCGAAAAGCAUCCAAAAGCAUGAGAAGGAAACAACUGGGCCCGCCCCAUAAAACCUGGAGUUCGGAUCUCCUCCCUUCGCAAAUGGCUUCAAUGCGCUUACGCUCGGCUGAGCUUGGCCUUUCUAGAGGUUUUCGCCUGAGCUCUUGCCUUUGGACGAAGGCGGAAUUUUUCAAGACCUGA